AUGGCUACCUGUACUCUCAAGUCGCUUCGGCGACCGUCUCUCAAUUUCGUGUCUGAAGCGAGGAGGAGAUCCUAUACUUUCAAUGGCCUCGUCUCAAAACCUGCAACUCGUGGCUUGGCGACCGUCACCGCUCAUACGACUCAACCGCCGCCUAUGAUGAUGGAGGAUCACAACAUGAGACUGAUGAACAUGGGUUACAACUACAACUAUAUCGAAAAUGUCGAGAAUCUCGAACAGUAUUGCCACGGAGGCUUCCAUCCCGUUUCUCUAGGUGAAACUAUCAACAAUCGCUAUCUCGUCCUCAAUAAGCUCGGCCAUGGUGGAUACUCGACCGUCUGGCUUUCGUGGGAUAUCUUGAAACAAAAGUAUGCCGCACUGAAGAUUGUCCUGGCAGAUUUUGGAGAGGAUUCGACAGAAGUAGACGUUCUUCAACGCCUGGAGGCUAAAGCUGGGAAGAAACAUCCCGGUAGACCGCUUAUUCGACACAUCACCGAUAACUUUCACUUCGACGGUCCCAAUGGAAGACACACGUGCCUGGUUAACGACCCAGCAAUGAUGUCUCUGCGACUCGCAAAGGAUGCAUCCUUCUCGAAACUUUUCCAACCCCGAACAGCCCGAGCUAUCGCCGCUCAGGUAGUUCAAUCAGUCGCUUACCUCCACGAAGGUGGUGCCGUACAUGGAGACCUUCACCUCGACAACAUUCUGUUGCAACUUCCGGAUCGGAUCAAGCGCCUCUCCCCGGAUCAGCUCCACGAGCGACACAGCCAUCCUACCACUGUUCCCAUAACGAGACUCGAUGGCCUCCCUGUUGACGAGAAUGCUCCGCGAAACGCCGUGCUGCCGAUUUGGCUGGGCCAGAAGAGCGAGGAUGUAGCUCUGGCGGAUGCAAAGAUUCUACUGGGCGAUUUCGGCGAAUCGUAUUUCCCCAGCCAAGAAAAACGGCAAUACUCCAACGCCCCGAUCCGCUACCGGGCACCCGAAACUCAAUUCCCAGAUGUGUGCCAGCCUCUCUCCUUCAGCUCCGAUAUGUGGAGCCUGGGCUGUCUCCUGUGGAAUGUCGUCGGCCAGCGCCCACUCUUCGACGCCUGGAGUCUAUCAGAGGACGACAUUCUCCAGGACCAGGUCGCUCUUCUCGGAGAAAUCCCAGAAGAGUGGUCAGCAUACGGCAACAAGCGUGCAGAAUACUGGAUCGAAGACGUCCAAGCAGAGCACGCACUUGCGCAGCCCACCACCGAGAACAAAUCCACAUGGGACAUUAGAUUCGAGCGCUGCGUUCAGCAAGGACGGAAAGAGAGCGGCAUGGAGCCCAUGUCCAAGGAUGAGAAGGAAGCGUUUCUUGAUAUGAUGAAGAAGAUGAUUACGUUCCGCCCCGAAGAGAGGAUGACAACCAAAGAGUUGCUGGAGUCACGAUGGAUGAAGCAGUGGGCUUUGCCGGAGCUGAAGAAGCUUGCGGCUUCAUGA